UAGCUUUGGUUUCUUAACCCGGAACUGAAUGGUUACAUUCCGAAAGUGCAAGCGAUAUUGGAAAUGUAGUUGUGUUUCUCGCGUAAACUUAAUCAGCUAGAAAUGUCAACCUUGUCAAAAGAAGACGCCAUCGGCUGUAGAAAGUUGUUGAAUUUACUCUCAGAGUAUGAUUUGUUAGCACUUAACGACACGGUAACUAAUAAGAUGAUUGCUGUUGGUAACACGAAAGAGGCAAUUGAGGCCAUUAUAACGUACUCAAAGAACUCAGAGGAACUCUUGAAGCGAAAGAAAGUCCAACGCGACAUCAUAUUUAAGUACCUAGCUAGCGAAGGUGUUGUUAUCCCAACGAACAGUGACAAACAUCAACUGGUGAAGGCGACUCUUGAGUUUUGGUCAUCGGGCAAGGUUUCUCAGAAAUCCCAUCGUGAAAAGGACAGUGAGGUCACGGGUGAUGGUCUAUCUAAUGUUGUUACAUUGGGGAGGCAAUUUUGUCAGUGGUUCUUCCAGCUCCUGAACAGUCAAAAUCCCACUUUUGGGCAACAGCCACAAGAUUGGGGACCCCAGCACUUCUGGGACGACGUAAGACUUCGCCUCCUGGCUAGCACGGAAAACGAGAGCAAGGAGGAGUUCCUGGGAGCUGAGCUGGUGAGCUUACGCCUUCAGGCGUUAUCACGGGACGAAAGUCUCCUCUUCAGCCCCAACCUGGAGCCUCCUGGCCUGAGGACUAUAUCGACAGCGCAUGGUUUGGUGGUAGUGGCAGUGGCAGGCACCAUUCACAGGGGGCAAGCCUGUCUCGGUAUUUUUGAGCAGGUCUUUGGCCUUAUCCGUUCCCCACUGAACGACAACAGUUGGAAGAUGAAAUGUAUUGACUUGAAAAUAAGGGCAAAGAACUCUGUCAAAGACCAAGAUGAGCUGGUCUCACCUGCACUGACUUAUAGCUCAAGUGAACUACAGCUGCUCUGUAGCUGAAGGCAACAUGUGGACAUAGCCUAAGCAGGCAUUUGUUGUAAUGGAUAACAUGUUUCAUUCCAUAACAUGUUUCAUUCCAUAACUCUUCAAUGACCUUCCCUAUCUCUUCAUGGACCAUUUUGAAGGCAGUCUGCAAUGAAUUCUUCUCUAAAUAUGACUCUUCCCUCAGGUUGGCAGUUUGAUUAUGUGCCUGGGUUCUCAUUCUGCUUUGGGUUUUUAAGCAAUAGAAAGGAGAAUGGGUUUUAAUUUCAGUCCAUUGUUUAAGUGUAUGCCAACAAUCAUAUCUCUGAAAAAACUAGCUGAGGGCAGCAUCUUCAUAUUUAUUACCUCUAGGAAUAUUCUAUCAUAAGUAAAAAGGUGAAAGGACAUUACGCAAAAGCAAGAUUUCUGUUGGUUUCCUAGAAAGAUUUUUGGAACUUAUUGUAUACAAUACAAUAAAAAUAGAAUACAUACUUUUUUAAAA